UCUACACUUUUUGAAAGGGGCAUGCUAAUUUAAGAUGGUGAGGAAAUUACUUUUAAAGAACAAUUGGAGGUAGGCUCUUCCCACACAAACCCACCCACAAAGCCACAUGGGUAUGCCUGGCCCACAGAAAACCAGAUUGAUCACAUAACAAUAACCAGGAAAUGGAGGAGUGUGCUUCUGGAUGUCAGUUAAAAGAGGGGCCAACAUUGACUCAGACCAUCACCCCCUGAUAGGAGAAUUCAGGAUGAAGUUAGCAGUAAAGAGGAAGGUUGGCAGUAGGACGCAGGGGCGAUUUGAGACGAGAAAACUACAAAAUAGCCAGAUACAGUAUUCCCCAUUCCUGGCGUAUCUCAAGUAUUUUGAGUAUUGAGAGAAAACAUAGAUGACAAGUGGUCAAGAUGCAAGAAUGCCAUCACAAGAACUGCUGAAGAAGUACAAGGCCACAGGGAAGUUUGGAGAAAAGACAAUCACAGGUACAUUUUAGUCAUUUAGCAGACGCUUUUAGAGACAAGUGACAGAUGACACCUGGAAAGAAAUAGAGGCAAGGAGGGAGACAAAAUUCAAACUCAACUGGGAAAUGGAUGACACCAAGAGAGGAAGUCUGCAGCAGGAAUACCAACAUAGAAACAAGGUGGUCAGAAAGAGGGAAAAGAAAGCACACAAGGAACAGCUUGCUAGCGAGGUGGAGGCAGCAGCCAAAGCAACACAAUUCCAAGGAGCUGUACAAGAUCACCGGACAGCUGGCUGGGAAGAACAGGAGCCGAAGCCAUCCCAUUAGAGAUAAACGGGAAACCCUCUGACAAAAAAAUCCCAAGAAAUGGAAUGCUGGAGAUAACACUUUGAGGAAAUCCCAAACAAGCCUCCACCUGACUUAACCACAGACAUUGUGGCAGCAAAAGACCUGCAAACAACAAUUAUUUGCUAGGAUGUCCCCGGAACAUCACAAAAUGAUCACCUAAACUGGUCAGGAAGUUAUCAAAACACUUAGUUUAGAAAAUCUAAAUUCAGCAAUUGCAUUCUUCUCAUAUUACUCUGUAGGCUACUGACCUAUUCAAAACUUCUUCUGGCAUCUCACCAUACAUCUGUCAGUAGUUACUGAACUCAACUGGCAGGAGGUUUGUGUGCGUGUGGUGUUUUCUGUGAUUGAGUGGGGGGAAACAGCUGCGGGCAAGGUUCUGACAGAUGGGUGUGUCUUGGUGGUGGCAAGGAUUUCUUGCUGGCCGCCCCCAUUUCUUGAGGAGGAAGCCAACAAAAAAAUGAGGCUAAAUCAGCGGGUGCAGUUCCACUUUAAGUCAAGACUAAGGAUUGAAGAGGGAAACCGAUGCUAUGACAACCAACUUCCCUGCCAACGUCACAUUCUUUCCCUUUCCCAAGUCCUCCCACUCACACAUCGCCACGGAGACUACCUUCAAGAACCUCUUGACAGCCACAACCCCUGACCCCAGGGAACACUGUCAACUUGACGACAGCUCCCUCCAGAUCCCUCUAGCAGUCCUCUACUCUGUCCUCUUCGUCUUGGGCCUGGCCGGCAACAUACUGGCUCUCUGGGUCUUUCUAUACGUCCACUCCAAGAAGAACUCUGUCCGAGUGUUCCUCAUCAACAUAGCGUUAGCUGACCUGCUACUGGUCAUCUGUCUCCCAUUCAGAGUCCUCUACCACAGUAAAGGGAACCACUGGGACAUGGGCCCCACCCUCUGUAAGGUCGUGGGAAACCUCUUUUAUAUGAACAUGUAUAUCAGUAUCACCUUAUUAGGGUUGAUCAGUGUGGAUCGCUAUCUGAAGAUCCAGCGUAGCGCCGGGGGGCAGUAUCGCCUCCAGGCCACCAGAUGGAGCUCCACCGUCUGUGGGACCAUCUGGAUCCUGGCCCUCACCGCCGUCAUACCCAUGAUCCUCCUCUCCGAGGGCAACGAGGAGUCGAACAAGUGUUUCCAGUAUAAGCAACGAAAGCAUGCACAGGGGAAGGCCUAUUUCAACCUCUUCCUGGUUGCUGUGUUCUGGUUUGUGUUUGUCUGCCUUGUGGUGUCUUAUGGGAAAAUUGCACUCAAGCUGCUGAGGGCGUCGAGAGAUAAACCGGACCUCCCCAACGCGACCCGCUACAACCGUACUGCCAGGAAGUCCUUCUUCGUCCUCUUUCUGUUUACCAUCUGCUUCGUCCCCUAUCACAUGGUCCGGGUGUUCUACGUCGUCUCCCAGAUCAGGGAAACUUCCUGCUUCUGGAGGGGAGUGGUAGACCAAGCCAACGAAGUGGCGUUGCUACUCUCUGCCCUCAACAGUUGCCUAGACCCCGUGAUGUACUUCCUGUUGUCGGAGUCCGUGAGGAAAGAGACACUCCGAUUGGUCAAUAACAUGUUCCGACUGAGUGACUCGGGUGGCAGUGGGAGUGCCUCCAGUGUGGAUUGUGGGAGGAGCCUUGAGGAGCAGCCAACCGUUAGUUUCAUCAGUAAUCUGAGAAGAAAAAUAACUGUCCAGCCCUCCCUCCAUCAGAUAUAAAUAAGAUGAAGUUGUCACUAGACACUGAUCCGAGGUCAGUUUUGGACUUUGUUGGGCCACAAAAUAGCAGCAAAGUCCAUCCUCCUUCUGGUAUCAGGACCAGCCAGCAUAAGCCAUUUUGUGCCAAGAACAACUUGAAGAGGGACAGUCCGGGAGAGCAUGAACACGACUCCAUGGAAUUGGGGCAUUAACUAUUAGAGUUUUAUAUCAUAAAGGAAGCAUUAGCAUCCAGUCAGAUGACAGCCUUUGCAGGGUAUAUGUCAUGUUAAAGGACUGCACAGACAAUGAGAGGACCAUACAGACACCACAGUGAUAUUACUUGGUCAUGACAUGCUGGUGGAAAACAACAAAGACAAUACCCAAUCUCACUUAGAAAAGCCAUGAAGGCACGCUAUGCUAAAAUAAAAUAUGUGGGACUGUGAUGACAAAACAUGAAAUAUUACUAUUCAUUGUGAAUAGGCUACUGGAUGGUUGUUGAGUGGUUUUGUAACAGCUUUUUGCCUGUUUCAAUGUUUCAUAUAUUGCCUGUAACAGAGACAUUUUGAGACAUUAGAAACUAUAUUGAAUAAAUAACAUGAAAAAAUGAAUAAAUUGAACAAUGUAAUGAAAA